UUUAGUGCUCGUGCAAUGAGAGCCGUCAGUUUUGUAAAACGGUUGCAAUGGGAUUUGCCUGGAACCGUGUGCAGACAUGGAUUAACAAUAGGAGACAUAGAUAACGAUGGCGACAACGAAUUAGUUGUUGGCACCACAGAGGGAGAACUAUACAUCUUCAAAGGGUCAGAGCUGUGGCAUAAAAUACCAGGUUUAGGUCUAAUUACUAGCGUCGCGGUGGGAGAUAUUUUUAAUUAUGGUCGUAAUGCAUUGGUUGUGAUAUGUGGAGAUGGAUGGGCUCAUAUAUUUUACAGUCCAAGGUCUGUAAAUCCUAGUACAACUAGCACAGCAUUUUCCCAACAGCCAACCAAAGAAUCAUCGGAUCAAGACAAUAGCAAAGAUCAAACAGACGGAGGUAGCGAAGCGAACGAGUUAACCGGCAAAAUGGAAUGCGUGCAUGUACAAAGAAUUCCGACGAACACAAAGGUGGUCUUGAUAGAAGAUGUUGAUAAAGAUGGCGCCAACGAGAUGAUAUUGGGUUUAACUGAUCGCGUAGUUCGGUCUUAUAGGUGGUCAAGCAAUUUAGAACUAGGUAGAGGAAAAUUGGUUGGAUUGAAUAAAUGGGAGUGUGCCAGUCAGAUAGGAACAGUCACGUUGCAGCAUACAGCGGAUGGAACACCGACUUUACUAGUCGCUCAGCCUGGUGGAACUUUUAUGCGAAUCAAGUGUAAUCCAAAAGAGUGUUACUUGGAAGACGAAGCUCAUCAAACUGAUCAUGAGACGGCAGCAAGUUGCGUAGAUUAUCAAACGUUGGGCAUAUCGCGAAUGCGCAAUCAAAAUAUUUCAACGGAGAUCAUAGGGGAUUUGGAGUGCACAUCGGCGGAGAACAAAACGACAUUCAAUGAAUCUUCGUCCAAAGAAAAUGUAUCCAGUGAUGUUCGUUCUGGCGACAGUUUGAUGUUCAAGUCGACCGUGGACAAUAACGAAACGAACAAUAGCGCCGAGAAAGCUGAUUCUACAAACGUGGAUCAAGUCGAUGGCAAUAUGUUCGGAGGGAACGUAAUUCUUGGCGAUUACGACGAGCAACCAGAUAAAGAUUCAAUGUUGCCAACGUAUAAAGACUUCUCUCAAAACAACAACAACAAUAACAACAACAGUCACAACUGCAAUAGCAGUAGCAGUAGCAACAGCGUUGCUUCAAGAGGAAAGGACGAAACUGGAGCUAGAAGAAACGUUGAACAAGAUUCGCCGCAAGGAAAACCUUACGCACUCGCCACUUUGGACGGAACAAUAAUGUUGGUAAAGGAUGAAGUCAUUUCGUGGUCUAUGCAAGUGGACCAUCUGAUAUUCGCCCUGUGUCGUUUAGACGUGACCGGUGAUGGUUCGGACGAAAUCGUGGCCUGCGCUUGGGACGGUCAGACUUAUAUUCUAGAUCAGCAACGGAAUAGCGUGCGUUUUCAAUUCGAGGAGCCGGUCAGAGCGUUUUGCACCGGCAAUUACAAUGUUUCGCCCGGGGUUUCGACGCCCUGCCUCGUCUACAAUACUUUCAACAACAAGAUUUUUCUUUACUACGACGUCACGCUGCCGAGCAUGGUGAUCAAGCCUUUGAAUCCGCUGGAGGAAUUGGAUCCCGAAGAGAAGAAUACUUUCGACGAUCUCCUAGGACGUUGCAACGCUACGGAAAGAUCGCAGAAGAUGCAGCAGAUGACCGAAUGGUUGCUAUAUGGGACGUCCUGACCCGCGUAUCUGUACAGACUGGAUAUAUUGUAUUAUACAUAAUGAGAAAUAAGAAAAAGAAAACGAGUAUCUGA